UCUCUACUCUGUGACGGUACUCGACGAUUAGCGAAAUGCACAGGCUCAGGAACGAUUAUACAUGCUGAAGAUGCUGGAGAGUCGACUUCACUAGUCUACAGACUUCCCCAAUGUAGACUCGGAGUCUCUAGGUCUGUGUACCCGGCCGAAACGACGUUUUGUAUUGCGCCCUUCUUCCGCAAACCAUCAGGGAACUGCAGGGAAAGCGGACUAUCACGACCUUGUGUCUCCGUUGUUUUGACCAGUGUGAGAUAUCGAGAGCUAGAGUUACUGAUGUGACGGGCCAGAAGGCCUACUCUAGUUUCUGUGCGGGUUUACCCUUGCCGUAACGCGUUGGCCUUGCCGUUGCAGCGGAAUUAUUCGUCGUCGGACGGUUGUCUCUAGCUCUCAACAUGUCACUCUUUGCACAGGUGACGGUGUACGUGCUGGCGACAUGCACUCUUCCGGUAUUAUCACAGAUCACGACUGGUGCAGUGGUCUCAGAUUCAUCGGACGAAAAUGUCUCAACUUGUGCGUCUAUAUGCCAGAGUAACUGCCAAAUGUUCUGUCCAACACCUACUUCUGCUGGUCCACCGACAACGAGUAUCAGCUUCCGUACGCAGGAAGUUACAACGGACGAAGCACCGAGCGGCCUUCUGACCGACGAGCCAGUCUUUUCCCUGAUCAUCCUGGCGCUUGUGGCCGUACUCUGCAUGACAACCUUGAUCAUUUCUUUUUGCAUUGUGCAUAUCCGCAAGAAGCACGAGCGAAAGCAGCCAUGGGCGCGCGAGUCUGUUCGUCGAACCACAGUCCUUUCCAAUCCUGCCAGAGCAAAUGGAGCAAACGGAGGCGCAUCAGCGUAGGUGCUAACCGCGCCAUGCCGAGUUCGCUCCCUUCACCUGCAUGCAUACCGCUGUAUAGUUUCACUGCUUGCUUUGCCCUUCUCCACUGUACUGCUUGCUAGCAACUGUAAUGGGCUAGCAUUGCAGACUCUGCAUCUCUUGAUUAAUGCUGUAGAGAAAUACGAUGACGAUAUCUUGGUGCAGGUUUUCAUAAGCUAUCUCACAACGACUGAUCAUUUCACAACACUCUGUAGGACAUGAUUGUUUUGGGCAUGUAUCUGACCUGUUUUUCUCCUUCAUUCAAAAGUGCUUACCAAUGUUGCCGUGGCAUGACACGCUGCGUAUACUUUUUCUUCAAUUUGUCCAUCAUUACGGAAUGCUUCGUUGCAUCCUGAA